AUGAGUGAACAACAAGCCCCAGAAGUCAAAACCCUUCCACCAAUUUUCCUUGAUAUUUCACCAAAUUCGAAGCCAACAGAGAUGGAUUCUCUUUGCAUGAACUGCCUCAAGGAAGGAACAACAACAAUGCUUUUAACAAAGAUUCCUUUCUUCAGAGAAGUUAUGAUUUCUCACUUCUCAUGCCCACACUGCGGCUACUCAGACAAUGCUAUCCAGUUCGCUGGUGAGUUCCCAGCUAAAGGCGUUACAUUCAAAUUAGUUGCCAAAUCUCCAGAAGAUUUGAACCGCCGUGUUAUCAAAUCUUCACAUGCUACAAUCAAAGUCCCCGAAAUCGACUUAGAAAUUCCACCACAGACACAAGCAGACACAAUUAAUACCGUUGAAGGCGUCUUAGAACGUGCCUACAAGGGUCUUAAGCACUCAAAUCCAAACCCAACACCAGAGUUCGAAGAAUUCUUAGAUAACCUCGAUCAAUGCCGCAAAGGUCUUGUUCAAUUCAACUUUAUCAUCGAUGAUCCAUCAGGAAACUCCUUCCUUGAGAACCCAAUCGCUCCUUCACCAGAUCCACAGCUUCAAGUCGAAUUCUACCGCAGAACAGCAAAGAUGAACGAAGAAAUCGGUCUCAAAGUCGAUCCAAAGUCCGGCGACUUCCAGGUCGAUGAAGUUACAACAAAGACAAUCGACAAAUAUCAGUCCGUUUUCUCUACAGACCAACCUGUCCAAGAAAUGGACACAGAUUGUCCAGUUUGCUCUCAUACAGGCGUUUCCCGCUCAUGCACAUUGUCAAUCCCGUUCUUCAAGGAGAUCAUCAUCAUGGCUUUCAACUGCGAUUACUGCGGAUAUCAUAAUGGUGAAGUUAUGAUCGGCGGCGAAACAUCCAGAUACGGCCGUAAGAUUACACUUAAGGCCAACUGCCAGGAUGACCUCAACCGCGAGGUUCUCAAGUCAGAACUCGCCGGUAUCGAAAUUCCAGAAGCCGAAAUCAAGCUUGUUCCAGGAACUCUUGGUGGCAAAUUCACUACAGUCGAAGGCCUUCUUCGCGAUAUUAUUCAGCAGCUUUCUGCAGAGAAUCCUUUCAUGAGAGGAGAUUCUUCAGACGCACAGGCUUCUUCCCACUUCCAAAAUGUUCUUGAACAGGUCAAGUCAUUCGCUGACGGAAAGAACCCAUUCACUCUCAUUCUUGAUGACCCAAUGUCAAACUCAUUCAUUCAGAAGUACAAGAUCGACGAUCCAAAGCCAAUUAUCGAGGAUUACGAACGUACUUACGAACAGAAUGAAGAACUUGGCCUCAAUGAUAUUAAGACAGAAGAGUUUGUUACAGACGCUGAUAAGAAAGAGUGA